GGGUCACGACCUGUGACGUCAGAGACUAGGUACAUACUUGAUCGCAGACGUGGCCUGGGAGCUCCGAGCUUCUAGAGACGCGAUGUUGCCCAACGUGAACCAGGCGGCCACGGGCCUGUAUGACCUUCUCAUUAAAGCAAUGGAAGAAGUAAAGAAAGAUCCAUUUUUCUAUGAGACUGAUGUCCAAGUGAAAUUGAUUACUGAAAGUCGGGCAAAUCCUUUGGAAGGUUUUGGGAGUAGAUAUGGAAUGAGAUUUAUUAUGGAGAAAGUGCGUUCAAAAGAAAAAGAAAUGGAGCAUACAGAAGAAUCACAGUCUGAAGAAUCCGUUAUUUCUGGUUUCCCUGUGAAUGGAAAUUUUGGACCACUUGCUUUACCUGUUAAGAGAGCCAGGCAGCUGAUUGGACUUUAUACUAUGACGCAAAAUCCUAAUAUGACCCAUUUGAAAAUUAAAGGGCCAGUUAAGCCUCUUCCCCCUUUAUGGGUAAAAUGUGACAGCUCAGAUCCUGAAAGUACCUGUUGGCUAGGUGCUGAACCUAUUAGAACAAAGAAGGGAAUAACAGGAAUUGUCUUACAAGUGGUCACAUGUAAAGGUCCCACACCUGAGAAAAACUCUUCUGUAAAUCUUGAAGAUUUGAAAAGUUCACAUCUGAAAAGACAUAAGUCAUCUACGGUGACAACUAGGGGUUUUGCUCAGUAUGAGCUGUUUAAAUCCACUCCCUUAGAUGAUACAAUUCCUUUUUCACACACUACUAUUGGUUUGGAUAUUUCAUGGAGUCCUGUGGAUGAGCUUCUUCAAACACCUCCUCUUACUUCUGCUUCGGUAUUGAAUAUUAAAGUGGAACCUGGAGAUCCUAGAAGCCCUUUGUACCAUCUGCAUAGAGAGCUGAAGUUUCUAAUUGCUUUGGCUGAUGGAUUGACGACUGGUGUUACUGAGUGGCCUGAGCCUACGGAGGCUAAAUCAUCUGUUGACCUUGUUCAGGAAUUUCUCAAUGAUUUGAAGAGUAAGCUGGACGGAUUUGAUAGUGCAGCAAAAAAGGUCAAGGUAUUGAAAUGUGAUACUGCUGCUGUUGAUGAUUCCAUUAAGUGUCUUUUCACGGUACGAGGUGAUCUGGAUUUCGCUGAGCAGCUGUGGUGCAGAAUGAGAAUGAGUGUCAAUUCAUACCAAGAUUUGGUGAAGUGCUUUACAUUGAUCUUACAGUGUUUAAGACGUGGGGAUGUACAGCCCUGGCUCCACAGAGGGAGUAGCGGUUUACUCAGUAAACACAUUCAGCAGUCUUACCAUGGAGCCAUGGAUAUAGUUCCACUCACUGGUACCACUCCAAUUCGAAUGCUUUUGGAGGUUGGUUUGGACAAAAUAAAGAGAGAUUACAUUAACUUUUUUAUAGGCCAGGAGCUUGCAUCAUUAAACCAUUUGGAUUACUUUAUUUCCACUUCCUUAGAUACACAAGAACAAGUUCGUCGUAUUAGGAAACUCCACCACAUCCUAGAAGUUGUAAUCAGUUGCAUGGUAUACCUUAAACUUCCGCAUGAAAUCCUGUUUACUUUAGCACAGUCUUGCAUCAUAUAUUAUAAGAGAAACCCUCUUAAUGAGAAACAUACAUUUCAGCUGCCAGUCAGACCAAUUGUCAUAAAAAAUUUCUAUCAGAGUGAGACUCCAAAAAAAUGGAGAGUGGAAAUAAAUAGCGGACAGAAGGAAGUUAAAACACUUUGGCAACUGAGUGACACCCCAUCAAUAAGCCAUCUGAAUUUUAGCAAACAAGAUCUGUCUGAGUCAACAUUGAACAGUAUUCUUGAAGAAAAAAUGUAUUUCACUAACAUGGUUGCCUGCAGCAAAGUGCAUUUCACUUAAAGUGUAUUGAUAUCAUCUUGUAAGAGUAACCAAAAAGGAAACUCUGCAGGCCUUUGAAACCAAAUGAAGAUGAAGACACUGACACUAAACUUUAUAUAUGGAAUGAAGCUAUUUUGUUAGUAACCUUUUGUUAGUAACCUUUUCUUAGCUUUGCCUCCGAAGAAGGAACAUCAGUAGAACUGCACUUAUAAGUAUACAGAGUGUGCAGACUGUAGGCACCACAAUCUCUGUAACCAUUUGCAUGUGAUGUAACAAGGGCUCUGAAAUGUAAGAAGACAGGGACCAUAAGUCAAUAUCUCAUUGUUUCAGCUAAUGUAACUUUACUGAAAGGUUAAUAGUAUUGAAAAACCUUAAAAGAUAAGUUCACAUUUUCAACCAUUCAGAUUUACUGUAAACUGGUACCUAAUUAGAUGUUGGGAAUUAAGUGUAUUAGCAUUCAUUAAAAUGAUUUGUAGAAAAUAGAAAGCAAAGUACUUAGGACUUAGUGCCUUUUAAAUUUAGAAAAGUUUUCAAACAUAUCGUUGCUUCUUAAAAGCAUGCAAAGUCUCAUUUUUUCUGUCUGUGAAUCCACCUCUGAAUAUAAGCAAAAUAUUCCACUGUUCCUCUUACUUUCAUUGCGGGAGGUGGGUGGGGAGGAGACGUAAAACUUGGGGAGAAAUAAGUAAAAUUACCAGAAGAAAAUUCCUUGGAAGCACUUAGAACCUUUUGAAAGGUGGCAUUGAUAAUAACAGAAGUAUAGUUAAAUACACUAUGUGAGGAAUUAUGUUAAGUUUCAGAUGUUAAGUAUACCAUCUUCAGUAAUUGAACAAUAAAUGCCUUUAGAGUAUAUUUUCACUGUGAUAGAGAGUUCAGUAUUAGUUCAUAUUUAUACUAGUGGAAUAUUUAACACUACCUUUUGAUAUUAACACUAUACUAUCAUUCUCUAUUUUUUAUCUUAUCAGCUCCUGUUUUUUUCAAAUAGGUGCCUUAAUGUUAUUCAGUAUUUUCUAUAUCAAAUAGACAUUUUUAGCAGAUUUUAAAAUGACAGGCUAGCUUUACAAUUAUGCUUAUGCUGAGUUAAGAGUAUUAAAAUCCAGAGUAACACAUAUUUCUUUUUUAGUAAGCUAUGGUUUCUUAUAUUUUCUUUUUUUUACGUGGCUUCUGGGUGAGUUUUUACCUAAACCUCCUAAUUGGAAAGUUUAGACACAGAUCUACUUAUAAUCCUUUUCGUUACCAUUGCAUUAGAACUGCUGACGUGCAAUAUAUGAAGUGCCCCUUUGUAUGUUUUCAGUUUGGUGCCAUUUUUUAAUACCACCCACUCCCUCAAAAAAAAAAAAGUCCAGCUAAUAAAAACCAGAAGUUUGUUAGUUUGCAUUGGCUAUCAGUAUGCAUCAGUUUGAUUUAUUAGGAGCAAUAUAAUGUCAUAGAAACAUUCUUUUGGAUUGAUAGCAAUUACAUUAUUUUUCAUUUCAGUUCUCUUUUUCAUUUAAGAUUUUGUAAUUAGCAAUUUAGCAUUUGCAUAUAGGUAAAAUAAGAAUUUGUUUUUAUUUUAAAUAUAUAUUAGAAACUGACUUCAGAAACAUGUGAUUAUGUUAUUCUGGAUCUGAUUAUGUCAUUUAGUGAGCCAAAGAUAAGGAUAGAAUAUUUACCUGCAGCAAGGAUCUGGUUGGUGGUAGAACAGGUUUCAGUGGCUAUGCUGUACCAUCUUUCCACCUGAUAAGAUUAGCUUGAUAAGUAAUGGUUUCUUAAUAGUCAAAGUUUUAGCCUCUUUAAAUCAAUCAGCAAAUAUUUACUGAGUGUUCUCUGUGCAGGGCAUUGUGUGGAAUAUUUUUUUUUUAAAAAAAGUUCUGUUCCUUGCCUUCAGGUUAUACAAAAAAUAAAAAUGAGACAGCAUCUACCCUUAAGGAAUUUGAGUUCUGCUGGGGAGGUAUAGUAUUUCGGAGAUAAGUAAGUACAGGAUACACAAAAAAUAUUUGGGGUGGUGCUGACACCUAUUAGGGAAGCCCUUUUGAAGGACCACAAAGGAAACUAAAAUGUUCAGGUGAGGAGGGACAGCAUUCCAGACAUGGGGAAGUGUUUAUACCAGAGGCACAGAGGUAGAUGAUGGAAUGUCACAGGUGAGGAAUAGCAAGUUUGGCUGAUCAUACAGCUUGGUAGGGGGAGUAUUGUGUAACUAACGUGGGAAUACAAUCUGGAGCCUAAUUGUGAUAGGCUUUAAAUGUUGAACAGAGGAGGUUGUAUUUUAUCCUUCUGUUUUGUAUAGCAUUGUGCUAGGUGCAAAUACAAAGCUGAAACUAAAUAUAGCCCCUGCACCCAAGUUGCUUAUAAUCUAAAAGCAAGAAAAACUGGCCUCUUUGUAUUUUUAAAAUUCCUUUGUUUUUCAUUAAUCAUAGAAUAGAGUAUGUGACAUUUUUAAAUGUCCCUUUUCCUUUGCUAUUUUCUCACCUUAUAGUCCCCCAAUAAAAACUUUAAAACCCUUAAAAAUAGAAUUUAGCACAUCUUCCCCACCAAAAGUUUUGGCACCAUCUGGUGGGAUGAGCUGGACAAUCUUGAUUCAGAAACAGCAAUGUAUCUUAUUUUUAGAAAUGUCGUAGUGAACAGUAGUCAUAUCCUUUGCUUUAGUUAGCUUACCAUAUAACCAUUCCUAUAGUGCUAAAUUGUCUUUGUGUUAUUAGUAUAUCAAUAAACUAUCUGUAUUCAUGAAUA